AGAUAUGUUCUCGAUGUGCGGCUGGGGCAUGCUAUGAGAUCGGUGUUAAGGAGCGAUCUGGGAGGAGCAGAUCUGGUGUUACUAGUUACGCAUUGGGACGAGUGGGAAGUGUCAGUUGGGUUGCGUAACGGAAUUCGGGUAAUCCACCCACAGGGAAAAGGGCAAAAAGGGAGAAAAAAUGGAAGAAAAAAUAGAAGCGGCUUUGUUCCUUAUUCUUCUUCUUCCUUUAUCAUAGUAUCUGAUGCCACAGAACAUGAUUCGCUGAUAACAUCUUCCCUCCAUUUGAUAAAUCCAAAUAAACCGCUACCGCUUGCUUCUGCACUCACGUGAAGACGGAUUCUUCUCCCGUUUGAUCUGAAACUAGGGUUUUUGUUUGAGUCAGUGUCUCGAUAUCUUUAUGGGUGAUGGAAGCUCUGCAAAGUAGGGUGGAAUCAUGGAUCAGAGAUCAGAAGAGGAGAAUUCCCAAGGUUCAGUGGCCACCCCAGUUGAGAUGGCCAUGGAAGAACGACAGGGAUGAGAAGAAGAAACUGCAGGAGGAGUAUGAGAGGCGGAAGAGACAACUUCAGGAUCUCUGUCAUGCUGUCAAGGCAGAAUCUGUCUCUGAUUUGCAGGACAUUCUCUGCUGCAUGGUUCUCUCUGAGUGUGUUUACAAGAGACCUGCUGCUGAAGUAGUUCGAGUAGUAAACAAAUUCAAGGCAGACUUUGGAGAAGUUGUUUCUUUAGAGCGUGUGCAACCUUCUUUGGAUCAUGUACCUCAUAGGUAUCUGUUAGCUGAAGGAGGUGACACAUUAUUUGCUUCCUUCAUUGGAACAAAACAAUAUAAGGAUGUCAUGGUCGAUGCAAAUAUAUUUCAAGGUGUCAUAUUUCAUGAAGAUAUUUCAGAUGAUAUUGAAGGGAAUGAAGCUACAGAACCUGACCAUAUUGAAGUUCAAAAUAAAAAUGGAGAAAAUCAUAAAAGUUCACUUAAAACAAAUAAAAUGAAGCGUAAAUCAAGACCUGCUGCCCACCGGGGAUUUUUGGCUCGUGCUAAAGGGAUACCAGCAUUGGAAUUGUACAGGCUUGCACAGAAAAAGAAUCGGAAACUUGUUUUAUGUGGACAUUCACUUGGUGGUGCAGUAGCAGCACUAGCUACCCUGGCCAUUUUGAGGGUUAUUGCUGCCUCAUCUCCAUCAAAAGAAAAUGAAAAAGUUCAGGUCAAGUGUAUUACUUUUUCACAGCCCCCAGUUGGGAAUGCUGCAUUAAGAGAUUAUGUUCACAGGAAAGGAUGGCAGCAUUAUUUUAAGACUUACUGUAUUCCAGAAGACCUAGUACCACGAAUCUUAUCUCCUGCUUAUUUUCAUCACUACAAUGCACAACCACUGCAAACACCUGGUAAUGUGGGUAUUUCUGGUUCAUCAUCAGUGAAACAUGAUGAAAGGGUAGAAAAACCACAAACUGUAAAACUUAAAGAGACUGAGGGAGAGCAGCUCGUGUUGGGUUUAGGUCCUGUACAGAAUUCAUUCUGGAGACUUUCAAGGCUGGUACCCUUGGAAGGUGUUCGAAGACAAUUGAGUAGGUUUAGAGGAAGGCAACGAGAAACAGGAGAAACAUCAUCAAUGACUAAAUCUGGGUUGUCAUCAACAGUUGAUGAAGUUGAAGCUGCACCAGAGUCUCUGGAAAUCCAAGAAGGUUCUGAUGGUAUAUCUCUUAAACUAUUAUCUGAUAAAGAAGAUCUUGAUGAAGCAAAGCGAAGCAAGAUAGCUGAGAAAAGCAGUGUUACUAGUGGGAAUUCUAUGGGAUGGCGCAGGAUGCCUUAUUUACCUUCAUAUGUACCAUUUGGGCAGCUUUAUCUCUUGGGGAACUCUUUGGUUGAAUCACUCUCUGACACAGAGUACUCAAAAUUGAUAUCGGUGAGGUCUGUGAUCUCAGAAUUGAGAGAGAGAUUCCAGUCACAUUCAAUGAAAUCAUACAGGUCUCGCUUUCAGAAAAUCUAUGAGUUGUGCAUGUGUGGUACUGCUUCUCUGUUCUUAGGAAUGGAACAAUUGCCACAGUUUCCACAUUUACAACAAUGGCUUGGCCUUACAAUUGCUGGUGCUGUAGAGCUUGGCCAUAUAGUAGAAUCCCCUGUUAUAAGGACUGCCACAUCAAUUGUUCCUCUUGGAUGGAGUGGUGUUCCUGGUGAAAAGAAUGGAGAACCAUUGAAAGUUGAUAUCACUGGUUAUGGAUUACAUUUGUGCACUCUGGUGCAGGCUCAAGUGAAUGGCAACUGGUGUUCAACUACAGUAGAGUCAUUACCUUCAACUCCAGUCUAUUCAUCAAAUCAUGGGUCAGAACCUGAUUUACAAAAGAUACGAGUCUUAGUUGGAGCACCACUCAAACGGCCCCCAAAGCACCAGAUAGUGUCAGAUUCUCUAUUACGUGCUCUAGAUCCAGAGUCCAUAAACCCCAGUAAGAAUUGUAGUACAGGGUCAUUUCAUGAGGGAGGAAGCAUCUGCCCAGAAGGUUUAAGUGGUUUUGUCAUAUUCUGUACCAGUGAUUUCACUACUGUCUUCAAGGAGGUUAAUGUGAGAACUCGUAGAGUGAGAUUAGUUGGUCUUGAGGGUGCUGGCAAAACCUCUCUAUUUAAUGCGAUAAUGGGUCGGGGCAAUCCAACAAGCACCAUAAAUCUUGAGUUGGUGCGUUCAGACACUUAUACUCAAGAAGGAAUUUCUGGUGGUUUGUGUUAUACAGAUUCAGCAAGUGUAAAUUUGCAGGACUUGAGUUUCGAGGCCGCUCGUUUCAGGGAUGAACUGUGGAUGGGAAUUCGAGAUCUUAGCAAGAAGACUGAUCUAGUUGUUCUUGUGCAUAACCUGUCACACAGGAUACCACGGUACCAUCAACCAAAUUCACAGCCACAACCACCUCUUUCUUUGCUAUUAAAUGAAGCCAAAGCACUUGGAAUCCCUUGGGUCCUUGCUAUUACAAACAAAUUCUCUGUCAGUGCACACCAGCAAAAAGCAGCAAUUAAUGCUGUCCUACAUGCAUAUCAAACUUCUCCAAGCACCACAGAAGUUAUUAAUUCCUGUCCUUACGUAACACCCAGUGCUGCAAUUACUCCCCAAUCAUGGGGAACUAUGGAUGACGGAGACAAAGGAAAGACAGCCACCCAAAAGAUCAUUCUUGCCCCCAUUAAUAUUGUACGGAUGCCUUUCCAAAAGAAAGCUACAGUUCUGCCUGAGGAGGGUGUGACUGCUCUUUGUCAACUCAUACACCGUGCGCUUCGGAGCCAAGAGGAAGCUUCAUUCAAGGAACUUGCUAGGGACCAGCUCUUGCUAGAAUUAGCAAGAGAACAGGCAAUGGCAGGAGAUGCAAAUCGAGUUGCUCAGAGCAAGGGAAAUUCCAUGACAUCUGCAGCUGUAGGUGCAUCCCUUGGUGCUGGUCUUGGACUUGUCUUGGCAAUUGUUAUGGGUGCAGCUUCUGCCUUGAGGAAACCUUGAGAUUUACAGUGUCCAACAUUUUUUUACUGCCUAAUUGAAGAGGUUUUGUUAUUGGGCAAAGUGGCAAACAAUAUUUCCAAAUCUCAGAAUCAGGUUCAAGGUUCACUCCCAUGGUUUUCUGAAAGGUAUACGUGUAUCUUAUUGGUAGUAACACGAGUAUCCUUGAAUCUUCAGCUUCUCUCAUUUGUUCAUUGUAUUAUUUAAAGUUGUGUACAUGCAAUAUUUCUUCUACACAAUAUAAACCUAAGGUGAUGAAUUUGUCUUUGGACUUGGGAUAUAUGGUUGUGUAGAGAGAACACCUGGAAUAAGCACAUGUGCUUUCGUUUACCAUUUAACAUUUUCUUACUAUUUUUAGACUUCUCAUUAUUGAAAUCAACUUUUUUUUUUUU